CCCCCACACCUCAACGCCGUGGAAUGCGGUGCCUAUUAUUAAGGAAUAAUCGGGAUAAUUAAUUAAAACACUUAUUAAAUCCUCCCCGCCGCGGGAUGUACGCGGGGAUUGGGAGCUCAGGGCUGGUGGAGGGAGGGGAAAACCCGGCUCGCUCCGGCCCCAGCGGGUCCGUCGGCUUCGUCAAGGUCGUUUUUAAUGAGCUCGUUUGCAACCUCAGUCCGACAGCGGAGGCCGAGGUGGGAGGACGGGUGAGGGGGUGACGAAAAGAAAAGGGGUGCUGUCCCCGAAAAGGUCCCUGGGAUGGAGCACCCCGUCCCUGGGGGGCUCUGGGGGCAGAAGGAGGAGGAGGAGCAGGAGAGGGUGCUGGUGUCGAAGCACAUGUGGAGACCCUGCCCCACGGCCCGGAGAAGGCUCCGAGUGUGCUUGGAGUGGGUGAAGCGGCAGCUUUUCCGUGUCGGGGAGGAUUGGUACUUCCUCUUCAUCCUGGGGGUCCUCAUGGCCACCAUCAGCUUCAUGAUGGACCACCUCGUCUCCAGGGUCUACGCAGCCCACCGCUGGCUCUACCAAGAGGUUGGGGACAUCGGGGUGCUCAAGUACCUCUCGUGGACCCUGUACCCCACGGCUCUGGCCACCUUCUCCAGUGGCUUCUCCCAGAGCAUCACCCCGCACUCUGCAGGCUCCGGCAUCCCGGAGCUGAAGACCAUCCUGAUGGGUGUGGUGCUGGAGGACUACCUGGCCAUCCAGAACUUCGGAGCCAGGGUGGUGGGGCUGACCUGCACCCUCAUGUGUGGCAGCAGCCUUUUCCUUGGGAAAGUGGGUCCCUACGUCCACCUCUCCGCCGUGGCUGCGGCCUACCUGGGGAAGAUGAGGACCUCAGUCACGAGGGAGUAUGAGAACAAGUUCAAGCAGCGCGAGAUGCUGGUGGCAGCACAGGCCGUCGGGGUGGCCACGGUCUUUGGGGCGCCCGUCAGCGGGGUUCUUUUCAGCAUCGAGGUGAUGUCCCCCCACUUUGCCGUGCGCGAUUACUGGCGCGGCUUCUUCGCCGCCACCUGCGGCGCCUUCAUGUUCCGCCUCCUCGCCGUCCUCAGCAGCGAGCAAGAAACCAUCGUGGCUCUUUUUAAGGUCGACCUCACGAUUCAUUUCCCCUUCGACCUCCUGGAGACCUUCUUCUUUGUGAUUUUGGGGGUGGUGUGUGGGCUCGUGGCCUGUGCCUACGUCUUCUGCCAGCGCUGGGCGAUGGUGGCUGUCAAGAGGAACUGGCUGACAGCCAAGCUGCUGGCGACCGAGUCUGUACUGGGCGUCCGUCCAUCCGUCUGUCUGCACCCUGUGUGUCCGUGUGUCUGUCCCAUGCACUUUGUGUCCCCCCUCUGUGUCCCCUGUGCAUCUGACCCUCGCUAUGUUGUCCCCCCCCACCCUGUCCACCCAUCCCACUCACCCUGA